GACGCAGGCAGUUAGCACAGGACUAAUAAUAUAAUUUCACUGUGUAAAGUAUUGAUUCACCAUGGGUAGACGUCGUGCUAAGAAGAAGCCACCUCAGAAGAAGAAGAUGCUGGGGACAUUGGAAACUCAAUUCACGUGUCCAUUCUGUAACCACGAAAAAUCAUGUGAUGUUAAAAUGGAUCGAACUCGGAACGUUGGAGUGAUAUCAUGUCGUGUUUGUUUAGAGGAUUUCCAGACAAGUAUUACCUACCUAUCAGAACCUGUGGAUGUAUAUAGCGACUGGAUAGAUGCGUGUGAACAAGCGAAUGCCUAGCCAAUGUGACGUCACCCCCAACCCCUCCAGAUACCUACAUGUAUACCUCACAACAGGUGCAUGAUAUACAUGCAUGUCAGCUCAUCAUUUCGUUUGACUAUUUCACAGACAUUAUCUCUUCAUACAUGUAUUCGAUCAAAAUUCAUCUGAUGCAUAAUUAUAAAAACUUAAGUGCUUUUUCACAUUAUGUAACUUUGACUGAGUAACUAUUAAGAUGAAGUCUUCAUUUGAUUCAUUUGAGAUGUCGUAAAGAAAACUUUGAUUAUUUAAUUUGUGGACAAUUCAAUUUGUUUUUAAAAGACAGUUCAUAUUUUUGGAAGGAUUUAAAAAACUUUAAAUUGAUAUUUUUGUAUAAAAUGACCCAUUAGUGUCACACAAUUUUGUUUCAUUAUAUUUGAUUAGCCAUGAAACCUAAGAAAAAAAGGUCAAAGAUUGAUUAAAUAUGUAAAAUUCAUGCAAGAAUUAAUAUGUAUUUCUUUUUUACUUAAAACAUUAAUGUUUUGGAAAUUAAAAUAGGAACAAGAUAUCAAGGGAGAUAAAUGUAAUCAUGAUAUUUCUUUUAUAACUGCAGGGCAGAAUUAUGCUAUGAACAAGUAUGAAAUACUUUGAUAAUCAAAAUGAUAUUGUUCAAUCUUCUGGAGAGAAUUUUCGAUAUCAUGGACUAUUAUGAACUACAUGUAUUCAUCACCAGAGCUUGACAAGAUAUAUCCCAAAUUGAUCAUUUUAUGAUGCUAAGUUCAAUUCCUCCCAAUACGUUUGAUAAUGAUUUAGAUCGGGGGCCAAACCAUGCAGAAACAAUAAUACAGGAUCAUCAGUAUUCUUUUACAUGAUAAAGUUUAAUUUAACUCACGAACCUCAUUUCCUUUUCGGAUUAAUGAACCUUCAGAAUUACGCCACAAAUGUUCGGAGUAAUGAAUCCUUUUUCGUUUUCGGAUUAAGGAACAUCGAGGUAUAGGCAAUUUACGAGUUUCGGAAUUACGAACCUUCGGAAUUACGAAGUGUAACCGCUCUUCUAUAAUACGUUGCUAUCAGUCAGAUCCUAGACUAUUUGUUUGAAGCCUAUUACACAACAUUCAUGUACAUACAUGUAUGACCUGCAUGUAGAUGGCAACCAUUAGGUCGAUCAUUGUAUGUUACAUAUGCCGACCAAGGAAGAGAAAGUCAAAUAUGUAUCCGAUUGUCCAUUUUCUGGGGGUGACAUUUUGUUUGUUUUUAACUAUGUUUUAAUGUUUUCAACUCUUCAAGGCUUACUCAGAUAUGCUGCAGAAAAUUGCUUUUUGAGAAGCUACCCGAAGGAUCUGUAGUGCAGUCUCAAAGCCAAAAGCAGGACUCGUAUGUAUUCUCUAAAUGAGUGACCACACUUCAUUAGUUUAGAUACAUGUAGCUAAAAUGGCCAGCUAAACCAGAGAUGCGUGAUCAUCCCUUUAGCUUUACGUUAUGGAAGUUAUGGAAAGAAAAAGGCUUUAAAAAAGUAGAGCUUUUGUUACAGAACUUGAUAUCAAUCAUAAAUCAUAAGCUACUUUCAUACGUUACUGUAAUGGAGACAUUUAGAACAUAUUUGUCGUACAAUUUAUCAGUGUGAAACCGGGUCCUAGUUUUCUGCAUCAUACGUGAACGAGCACAAGAGUUUUUUUCUGUGUACUAUGUUAUCGACAUUCAUGUAUAGAUUGCGUUUCAAUGCAGUUGAAAAGAUAUAAUGUUCAUGAUUAUGUCUGAGCUUUGUAAAUGUGCCUAGUAAUUAUUAUUUUUGAUUUAUAUCUGUAAAUAUUCAUGAUGCAACCAAUAUUGAUAUAAAGGAAGUACACAAUCUCUAAGGUUGUUAGUGCAAAGAUAUGUUACAUUAUUUUAAGCUCUGAAUAUCUUUGCAUUGGUUAUGAAGGCAAGUUAAAAAAAAAAACAAUUAACUUGCCGUAUUUUCACAUAUUUAGAACAAAAUGAAGCGAUUUCUUUGCGCAGGGCAUUUGAUAAUGAUAUUUGAGUUUAGUGGAAAAGGUUGCACACUUGUACAUGUACAUAUGUAAAUAUUCUACUUUAAUUAAGAAAUAUAAGAUAUUGUUUCUCAACCAUAUUUCAUUUGUAUCCUAACGUGUUUGGAGAUAGUUUCAUUCAUCCUUUUUUUUUGCUUACAGAUUUUCAACUUAUCUAUACAUUACAUGCUAUGUAAUUUGGCCUUUUCCCUACCAAACUACAUGUAUAACAAAUGGACUGAAUAAAGAUUUGAAUACUUUUUAGGGGACUGUAACAUCUCACACUUUGAUCCUGAUGAAAAAAAGCAAAUUUUUGCAAUUAAGGAUUGAAAUUCAACGAGAGAGGAAGCAAUAGAACAGUUGUGUACUCUGUAUUCACUUCAUAGAAAUGUAGUUAUUAUUAAAAGUGAAUUUCUAUCGAGCUUUUCCAAGCAUUGUUUUGUUAUAACGUACAUGCACAGAUGAUAUAAUCUGCUUUAAAGCUAUUAGACACAUUCACGGCCUUUGAUGUCAGUUGUAAUAAAAUAGUGGGACUCAAAUAUGAAUAAAAUCAAAGAGAAACAG